CUGUUUCGGAUUAUAAAUAAUGACAAUAUCCUACCCUUCAUCUUUUGCCCCAGAUUUUCUCUUUCUUCUUUAGGUUAUCAAAUGUCUCUCUCUUUAUAUUCUAAUGCUGCACUCCGCAGAUCAGCCGUUGCUGCUUUACGCACUGCACCAGCUUUGCGCUCGUCAUACAUACCACUCCGUCAUUUCAAUAUCCACCCUAACAAGAGGGCCACUACCACUAUGACCAACACAACCACCAAUGUUCCAUUGCAUACCAAACCAGAAGAACGUAGUUUUGAGCAUCUCAGUGUAUUUACUAACAAGGAACUUCUUUCUUUCUUAAUUAUGGGAUUGUGUACUUUGAAUAAACCUAUCCUUAACACCUGCAUAAAACUAUUCCCAUAUGUCCCACUUUCCAUUGUCAAGGCAUUGGUUUAUCGUAUCUACUGUGGAGGUGAAACCAUCGAAGAAGUCAAGACAACCGGGAUGAGAUUGCACGAACGUGGAAUCAAUAAUAUGAUGAUUAGUUUGACCAUUGAAGCUUGUGAUGGUAAUGACAAUGUUGAUCCAGAAUACAUUGUUGAUGAAACUUGCAGAUCCGUCAAGGAAAUACUUGUUCCUCACAUGGAAAGCAUGCUUGCCAAAGCUUCUGAUGUCAACUCCAUUCCACCAGGUUAUGUUGCCUUAAAACCAACUGGUUUUGCCAAAGAUUCAGCCAGAGUUUUGCGUGAAUACAACACCACUUCUGCUGCUGAAUUUGAAGGAUUGGUGGAAAAAGCCACCAAGGUGUGUCAAGCCGUUUACGAUGCUAAUAUCGCCUUGCAAAAGAAGUACCCAGCUAGAGUUGCGCCAUUCACUGUAGCCGUUGUUGAUGCUGAAAAGCACGAAUUACAAGAAGGUGUUUAUGAAUUACAACGUCGUUUAUACUCCAAAUUCAACAAGAUGAAUGAACCUAUUUCUGUGGUUGGUACUUUGCAAAUGUACUUGUCUGAAUCCUCAUCCUUGUUAGCCAAGGAAGAGCAAUUGGCUGUUAAGAACAAUUACAGGGUUGGUUUGAAAUUAGUUCGUGGUGCUUACAUCCACUCCGAAAAGAACAGAGCUACCAUUAUCCAUCAAACUAAAGAAGACACUGAUUUCAACUACAACCAAGGAAUUGCAUACUGUAUUGAUUCAAUCUUGCAUGAUAAGGGUAACGAAUCCACCAUUGGUCACUUGGUGGUUGCUUCUCACAAUGCCGAAUCCUUGCAUUUGGCUAGUAGUGAAGUUUACAAUGAAUCCACCAAAGACAAUAACAACAAAACUAACGUUGUCUUGGGGCAAUUAAUGGGUAUGUCUGAUUCUGUGACUUUUGAUUUGAUUAACAGACACCAAAUUGGUAAUGUCAUCAAAUAUGUUCCAUGGGGUCCUCCUUUGGAAACUAAGGAAUACUUGAGAAGAAGAUUAGAAGAAAACGGUGAUGCUGUUUCUAAUGACAAUGGAUUUAAAUUAGUCAAGUCCACUUCUUCGGAAUUAUUAAGAAGAAUUAUGGGUAGAUCAUGAUUGAAGAUAUUUAUAUAGAAUAUGUAACGAUAUAACGCGGUUUAGAAAUAUAAAAGUUUAUGUAAAAGUGUCUGUAGUCUAUAUAUCUAUUGUGUAUGUCGGUGAUUUCCAAAUGAUUCCUCCAAUGACGCACUGAACCAACCAUUCCCAAUCAACGACUUUUACUUUCUUUGAUUCUUUCUGUUUUUUGAUAUUUCUUGAAGCCAUGUUUGACAAUACCUUGUUUAUGGUGUUUCCAUCGUCAUACACUAUGAUAUCACCUCCCAACAGCUUGAACAACUUCUGUAUUUGUCCCAGCUUAGAGCAGUACUGUAACGAUCUAGCUCCAAACGAAUGGAAUAUCAAUUUACUAGUUUCCAACGAAUUAGCAUUAACGUUAAUGGUCAAGAUAAUUACAUCGAUGCCAUGCAACAAGUUAUUGUUGAGACUUAGCUGUUCAUUCAACAUGGCCCCACAUUCGUAAUUCUUUCUGAACUUGAAUACAUCGUAACUCUUUACUGCAUUCAACCGUUUCGAUUGACCCGAAGGUAACAAAUAACCCGGCCACGCUUCAAGGGUAGAGCUAUCGUUUAUACAAUCGUCAAUAUAAACAUCUGAAAGAAUGGGCCAUCCUAAAGCCAAUGCUUGGAGGUACUUGGCACUACGACAAUAACUGUUUGAAAUUAAUGCCCCGAAGGAUAACCCGGCAAGGUAAUCCGAUUGCAAUACUAGCGAAUCUCCAACUGUGCUAUACUGAAAUAUUUCAUUGAGCUCCCGAUCAAUCAAUGUUCCAUCAUUAUUUUCAAUCAUUUGCUUGAUUUCAUUCUUGCGAUCGCCAACUAUCCCUGUGAUACAAAAUAACCUACCAGAAAAUAAACUAGUCCUUUCAUGGGUCGAGCGACGUAAUGGCGAUGCUUUACUGCUUACUUGGCUUAUAAAUGGUAUGAACUUGUUUGUUUUUGUCGGAGUCAACGGGACUGUAUCACUCAACAAAUCGUGGCUUUCUAUAAUGAGUUGAUAGUUCAGUUCAUGUAGGGCCCAAUCGUCAACUUCCAUGAAACACUCAGAUAAUGAUACUCUGAACUCGUGGUCUUUUGGUUUGGAGGGGAACUUGCACAAGUAAACAACAUUGUAUCCUCGAAUGCAUUGGAUAAAUGAUGACGAUUCCGAACAACCUAAUCCAGUGACCACGUAUUUGUGAGCAGAGUUCCUGAUAUUCAACGUGUCACCAAUUCUGAUAUCCAAUAGUUUCAAAUCAGUAUUCUUGAUUCGGUAAAUCCCAUCCCG